UGCUUUCCCACCUGCUUGUUGUUCUGUCAUAUGUGCAAUACAGCUGUGGAGGACGACGCCCGACUCGUGUUCGUCACCGUUGCUUGGUCAGCUGAGCACAACGUUAAGCCCUUUAGCAUGACUUCACCCAACCACCCACCGUGGGGUCGCACUUUAGCCGCUGCAAUUGAGACCAUCCGUCCUUAAGGGCCCCAGGCGCUGAUGAGGAGCAUGCGACAUAUUUUGCCCAUCGGUUCCUAAAGAUUUCGGAACCUUCAGUCGCACGCUUCUCAUCUGUUUUAGGGUGCAAGACGAAGGUCUUGAGAGGCUUUCAAUGCGAGGUUGCGCACCCUUCCCUGAUGACACCCGUCAAUGCAAACGAAAAUGCCCGGCCAUUGGUCGGUGUUUUUAGUCUUGCUGCUUUUCCAGAAUCGACACGCGAGUGCUGGUCAUCCACAAGCGGAGGUGCUGGGCGAUUUACCCAGUCAAAGGAGCACUGACAACUUGCGGGACGGCGCCUUGGUGCCGCUGGACGAAACUACCUCUCAGCGAGAUAUGAUUGAUUGCCAGCAGCAUGCAGCAAAGUUUCUGCGAUCGCGCUGUACCUCGUCCAGCGUUGGAACUGACGAGCGCAGCUCUGCGGAUAGCCCUUCGCAGCUGGAGAGAAUGCGCAUCAGCAUCGAAAUUACACGGUGCGAGAUCGAGGGUGCCGGGCUCAAGGCCCCGGCUGAAUGCUGUUCCUCCUUGCUCGACGAGGUGUCCAAUGUAUCUGGGAUGCAUGGCUCAGAGGUUGAGGGGCCACUGAAACACUGCGUUGAGGCGCUUUCACGCUCCCCACAGCUGUGGACGUCAUACAUCUCCCAUGCACGGGACUUUGACCGCCAAUGCCACGUCUUGCAAAGGAGCAAAGAUGUGGACCAAGCCAAGCGGCUAUGGCGCUCCGCAUCUGAGCAACAGCGUGAUUUCAUCAGCCGUGCCAACGAUUUGAUGCGAGCUUGGGACGAGCAGCAUAUGCGCGCCGACAAGAGGUCUGCUGAAUUGCUCGACGCGCUCGUCACUCGCUUAGCGCAAGGUAUGCACGCCUUCGAGGCAAGCAGCGAGCAGGCGACGGAAGCGAUUGAGGCGGCGGCUCGUGCACACCAGGAGGCUGUCCAAGCGGCGGGGACGGCCCUGGCCACCGAGCUGAUCCCACGCGUGCAAAGCUCGAUGGAAGCGCAGCUCAGCAACGCGGUGAACGCACAUGCAUUCCAACUGCAACAAGCAGCGCUUAAAGCACAAGAUCGGACGCUUGCAGCGUUCGAUAAUCUCCUGCAAGAAUUCCGACAACAGAGCUACUCUGUUUCUACCGAAUUGCGCCAAGCGUCCGACUCGACAUUUGCAUUGCACCGCGACGUCCUGACAGCACAGCAAUCUGUUUCCGACAUAGACCGGCACCUGCAGAUCCUCCGUGCUACUACUUUCGCCGUGUCAGACGGCCUCGCGUCGAUGCACACACAAGUCGGUGAACUCACUCGCUCCGUUAACGAGAGCUUCCAUUCCGCGAAUGAAACCUUGGUUGCGUUCGAAAGCUCGCUAGCACGUAGUGCAAACAACUCCGCAGCGUUUCUCGAUCGAUUCUUCAACAGGCGCCUCAUUUUUUUUGAAGCGGUGCUGCGCAUGUUCUUCCUCUGCGCGCCUGAUAUCUUGAAAGUGGCGCUGCUACCGCUCUCGGCUUUCGCUCUUCGAACCGGCGCGUCAUAUGCGAUAACCAGCCUCCUUGGUCUUGGCCAACUGAUCUUCGCGAUCGCUCUCUGUUUGAGCACUCGAGUGUGGCGCGGACUUCGCCGGCCGCGCUUGCGCAUAAUGCCUCGAUUGCCACCGGAACGUGAUCUGCGCUGCGCUGCGCGGACGUCAUCAACCUCCUCUUGGCCAACUUCCACCAGAGAGAUCGCCAAGUCUGAUCCUAGCGCCUUCGGCGAAGGGGACGACGAGGACGAGGGAGAGGUUGAAGCACUCAUCUGAGUAAGCGCAGAGAGUUGAAACAAUGCGAUGUGCAAUAAGAUUGAAAAUUA